UGGCCAAUGGCGGAUCAUCACCCAGAACGGGGCCCCUGCAGACCCUUGAAGGUCCAGAAAGGGAAGCAGACACAGAGGGCCCGCGUGGCACGAAAGUCUCGCACACCAGAGGAGGUGUAUCUCAGGCGUCGUCCCACCCGGCCGAUGCCCAUCCCCACCAGCAAGAGGAAGCCUGUGCAAGACCCCUGUCUCAGCCCAGGGUCACCUGGCAGGAAACCUGAGGUGACAUCCCCAGCGCCUCCUUUCAAAAAAGCUGAGGGGAACGCCUGCUCACCUUCUGGGCUAAAUCGUGGACGGGGAGUUCCUGUCACUGACACCCCUCAGCCAGCAGGCACACGCUUUGUCCAGGAUGCCACCCACAGUGUCCAGCAGACACAGAACAAGCCCCAUUCUGUCUCCAGCACCAAUGGCCUGAGCCACACCCUCAUGCCUCAGGCACAAGCCAGGUUCCCUGAUGGGAACUCAACCAGCAUGCCACAUCCUGCUGCACAGAGUGGGUGCCAGGACUCCAAUCUCAGCACCAAGGCACCAGGCAAGAGAGUGGCCCAGACCUCCAUCCAGCUCGGCCACAAGGCCAGAAAGAAACGGAGACUCUGGUCCUGCCAGUCCCCCCAGAAGAGCACACAGACAGCAGACCUCCAGCCUCCACACGUGGGCCCUCUCGCCAAGACCCUGCAGCCCUGCCAGCUCCCACCAAGUCCCCCGAUUCCAUGCCAGCCCAUCAGAAUGGCAUUCAGGAGAUUCCAAGGAGGCCAGUGGAGCUGCAGGCUGGUGACAGCUCCCUCCAUCCGUCCUGCUGAGAAAGCCAUGUCUGCUGUUCAGAGUCCUCCUCACCUCGGACGAGUCAGAGGGACUCCGGCACAGGGCCCCUGGAGUGUCCUCCAUGAGGACCUUCAGCUUUCCUCUUCCUCUGAAGAGAGUGAUGGCCAGUGA